GUUUGUGACUACUUCCUGUUUCCAUUCGGCUCACGUCCGUCUUCCUCAAUACAGCAGCAAGUAUGCUGCCCCCCAGCUGAAGUUAACUUUGUUUUCAAACUUGUGUGUCCACCAUGGGAGACAUGGACACUACUGGGGCCUUCAUUCGCAAGAAAAGGGCUACUUUCGCGGCGGGGCGAGGCGGAGCGAGUCUGCGGCCGAUGAACGGGAAGAACACGGCGGCGUUUUACCGCUCGGUGGCCGCCGCUGACAGUAAGGCGGGCGGUGAGCGGCGGGAAGCCGAUCCCUUGUUGGAAGCGGCCCGCUCUAAAACAAAGAGUGACAAAAAGAAACGCAGCAACGACAUAAAUGACAGAUUUUGCUGUCACAAGCCUCAGGAGUCCCUGCUGAGUUCAUCCAGUGGUUUCAGUAACUACAGGGGGAUUCUUAACUGGUGUGUAGUGAUGUUGGUACUUAGUAAUGCCCGCCUUUUCCUCGAAAACCUUCUAAGGUACGGGGUCCUGGUGGACCCGAUUCAAGUGGUUUCCUUAUUUCUGAAAGACCCCUACAGCUGGCCAGCGGUGUGCCUUGUAAUUGUGUCCAAUGUGUUUAUUGUGGUUGCUCUUUAUACUGAGAGGCAGUUGUCCAAGGGUUCUUUCAGCGAGCACGUGGGCUUACUUGUUCACUUUGUUAAUAUGGCGGUCAUGCUAACAUUCCCCGCUGCAGUGGUCCUUGCCGUGCCCUCCAUGACCCCAGUUGGUGGUGCCUUCGUAUUGGGUACUUACACCAUUCUCUUCCUAAAGCUGUACUCCUAUAAAGACGUCAACCUGUGGUGUAGGGAGCUGAGCCGUAUGAAGGUGAAGAAACUGGCCAGAUCACUGUCUUGUCCAUCACCACAGUACUCCAAUGGAGAUGACUGUAAGGUGUGUUACCCUGGCAACCUCACCAUCAGAGACUUGUACUACUUUGCCUUUGCUCCGACGCUGUGCUACGAGCUCAACUUUCCUCGCUCUCCCAAUAUACGCAUGAGUUUCCUCCUGAGGAGACUUUUUGAAAUGCUGUUCCUCAUCCAGAUGUUAGUUGGUCUUACUCAACAGUGGAUGAUUCCAAUCAUUCAAAGCUCCAUGAAGCCACUUGAGGACAUGGAUCUAUCUCGCAUGAUUGAGAGACUUUUGAGAUUGGCUGUUCCCAACCACUUGCUUUGGUUGAUGUUUUUUUACUGGUUCUUCCACUCAUCUCUGAACUUCACAGCUGAGCUUUUGCGCUUCGGAGACCGACAGUUCUACAAAGACUGGUGGAACUCCGAGUCGGUGACAUUUUUCUGGCAGAACUGGAACAUCCCAGUUCACAAGUGGUGUCUCCGGCACUUUUACAAACCAUUACUGAGGAGGGGUUUUAGUAAGAUAGUCAGCCAAUCAGCAGUCUUCUUCUUGUCUGCUUUCUUCCAUGAGUAUCUGGUGAGUGUCCCUCUGAGGAUGUUCCGACUGUGGGCCUUCAUGGGCAUGAUGUCUCAGCUUCCAUUAGCCUGGCUUGUUGGUCACUACCUGCGUGGCAACUAUGGCAAUGCUGCAGUGUGGAUAUCGCUCAUAAUUGGUCAACCAUUUGCUGUCCUCAUGUAUGUCCAUGACUACUACGUUCUUCACCACAGGCAAGAAGCUGACUGAUUCUUUACCUCUUUGUUGACUGUUUUAGGUAUUUUUUGCAAUUACAACUUGACAGCUUCUCUUUUGGGUCACCCAUUCGAAAUUUAUUUUUUUACAUCCAUCAAUCCAUUUUAUACCGUUUGUCCCUUCCAUUAUGAAGUAUUUAGAAAUGUUAAGAAUGACACAUACUUUCCAAUAUUUUUGAAAUGUCUGAUCAUCUACAUCAGGGGUGUCAAAAUCAAGGCCCGCGGGCCAGACUUGGAAUUAUCUAUGGCCCCCGGGAUGAUAUUUGAUUUGUAUUAGAACCGGCCCACAGGCCACAGCCGCCUGCAGCUGUUUUGCACACACCAGUGGUCCAUCAGUGUUGGCGCUAGGAAUUUUCAACAUUUUUGGGUUCCCACUUUUUUGUAAGUGUUUUGAAAAUAAAUGAUAAAUGUAUGCAUUAUCCUGUUAUAUCUCACAUUCUAUAUUGUGUUUUGGAAAAACGUUGUCAUAAACGUUACUUAAUUCAUUUUAAAAAAUUAUACCAAAGAAAACAUUUUUAUGCAUAUGCAUGUAUUCAGUUAUAAACAUUCAUUCACUUUUUUCUUUCCUCCAUGGAUCUGAACUUUACUGCUUCUGGUAUUUUCUUCUCUAUUUUUAUUGUAAUAGUUUAGAAUGUGUUUGUUCUAUUUUUGCCCAAAGUAAAACACAGAAAACAAUCUGAAGUUUUCUAUAUUUUUUUGUUAUGAUGCCAUGAUUUUAAUAGUCCAGCCCACGUGUGCACAGAUUUCCCUCUAUGCGGCCCCUGAGCUAAAAUAAGUUUGACACCCCUGAUGUACAUGAACAUUGCUCUCCUCAUAUGUGCAUUGUGCAAGAGUGGAACAUAUCUUCAACUAAAAGUCAUGUCUAACUUUUCCUACGGUAGAGGCUUUUAUUGUACAUGCAUGCAAGCAGCAACUUUUCAUCAGAGUCUUUCUGCAGAUUGGUCUCGAAACAAUUUAGUAAAACAACAUAGAAAGAGAAAGAACACACCUAAAACUAUGGCUGUUAUGCUACUGUGAAAACAUAUUUUUCCUCCAUAAUAAUACCUUAAAUUGUGUUGCUCUAUUAUUCUGGUACUAGUUAAACAAUUCUUAUGAGGACAUGUUUUUAGUCUUUUUUGUUGGGGUACAAAGGAGAAUGAUGUUUGGGGUUAUUUAUGUACAAUGUUGACUGUUUGAAGUGCCUUGGUAGGCAUAAUACUGUACUUGUGUUAAAGGGCUAUAUUCUGUCCAGUUUUACUUUGAAAUGAGCACUAAAAUUAAAAAAAUGUAUGCUGGUUAGACUUUUUAAGGUACACUUCAUCCAUCUAUCUGUUUAUAUUUUUGUCAUAUUUCUUUCAAGAAUCCCAUGUGAACUGGUCAUUGCUUUAGGGGCCUUGUCAAUUGUUUCAUACAAUAAAUGAAACUCUUUAGAGGGAACAA